CUCACGCGGCGACACUGAUGACAUUACCGCUAGUUGCUGCUGCUGCUGCUGCUUCUUUUUAUGAGACCUCGUCUCACUAUUCUUCUUCACAUAAAUCCAGAGAACGGUUUAGGAAGGAGUCUCGGGGAAAACAAACAUGGCGGACGAUAAUAAGAACGGUUCUAGACAGCCAUUGUUGGAUAAAAAUACGUACUAUGAGAACUGCCCUGGCUGUAAGGUUGAUCAAGCCAAGGAAUUGCACCAAGGCGUACCCCUGAAGCAUAUCCUCAGCGUAUGGAUGCUUACUCUGUGCACCACUCUGCCUGUAUGCUGUCUCUUCCCAUUUCUUUAUUUCAUGGUAAGAGAUUUUGGUAUUGCAAAAAUGGAGGAAGAUAUAAGUUCCUAUGCUGGUUAUGUGGGAUCUUCAUUCAUGUUUGGCAGAUGUUUGACAUCAAUUCCAUGGGGAAUAUUUGCUGAUCGAUAUGGUCGAAAAUAUGCUAUAGUUAUAGGCAUUGCUUCAGUUGUUGUGUUUAACACACUAUUUGGCCUUAGCACAAGUCUUUGGAUGGCUGUUAGCACAAGAUUUCUCCUUGGAAUCUCAAAUGGUUCACUUGGACCAAUAAAGGCUUAUGCUACUGAAAUAUUUCGAGAAGAACACCAAGCUUUAGGGCUCUCCACUGUCAGUGCAGCUUGGGGGAUAGGUUUAGUCAUUGGCCCAGCACUAGGAGGCUAUUUGGCUCAGCCAGUUGAGAAAUAUCCACAUAUAUUUCCAAAAGGUUCCUUGUUUGAUAAGUUUCCAUACUUCUUGCCCUGCUUUAUAAUAUCAGCCUUUGCACUUGCCGUAUUAGUGGCCUGUAUCUGGCUCCCGGAAACAUUGCACAACCACAAUGUUAGUGAUGAGUUCAAUGAGGAUGCAGAAGCUUUAGAAAAUGAAAUCACAGAAAAGACAGUUCAGAAAGAUGAAAACCUCCUCCUGAAGUGGCCGUUGAUGUCAUCCAUUAUUGUUUAUUGUGUUUUCUCGCUGCAUGAUAUUGCUUAUACAGAGGUUUUCUCAUUGUGGGCUGUCAGUCCUAUAAAGUUGGGGGGUUUGAACUUCACAACCGAUGAUGUUGGUAAUGUUCUUUCAAUAUCAGGUUUUAGUCUGUUGCUCUACCAAAUCUUCAUUUAUCCAUUUUUGGAGAAAGUUUGUGGACCUGUGAGACUUUCUCACAUUUCAGCGGUUUUAUCCAUACCUAUCUUGCAAAGUCACCCUUUCAUAGCGUUGUUAUCAGGCUUCACAAUGGACAUAUUGAUAACUAUUGCUUCUGUGCUUAUGUUUUGUCUCUCUGCAACAAUUGUUACUGGUUUAUUCCUUCUGCAAAACAGAGCAGUGGAACAACACCAAAGGGGAGCAGCCAAUGGUAUUGCUAUGACUGGUAUGUCAAUUUUCAAAGCAAUUGGCCCAGCUGGAGGUGGUGCAGUAUUAACAUGGUCAGAAAAGCGGUUAAAUGCUUCUUUCCUCCCAGGUCCUCACAUGGUAUUUUUUGUGCUGAACCUAGUAGCAGCAGUUGGAGUGCUGAUGAUGUUCAAACCAUUCCUGGCUGAGAAAAAGACAACCCCAUUACAAUGAUAUCACAUGAAACAUGUUGCUGCUGAAACCUGAAGUGAUGGAUGACACCCAGUACGGCUGAAUCAGACCACCAAAGACUGAGUGAAAGAAGAUGAAAUGAAUGUUACUAGAGUGUAUCUUCUGAUCAAGCUUUGUGUGGAUGAGUUGUUGUUAUAUAUAUAUAUACACACACACACACACACAUGUAUGUAUGUAUGUAUGUAUGUAAACUCUUGAAAAUGAUGAUGAAUAAGAGAUGAUCAUGAAGCUUGAGUGGCUA